AAUGAUUCGGUUUCAGUGUUCCUAGUGAAAUAUUAUAAAAAUAAAGAAAAACUUUGUUUGGCUAGCUGUCUUUGUCUGUCAGGAAAUGACCUUAUUUGAAGAGUUCAAGCCUUUGAUACCAUCUAGUGAUUCCCGAUUUGUCUUCCAAACACUUGCUCUUUAGUUUUAAAUUAAAACAUAAUCCCAGAUUGAAUCUGCUGCUAUAUAUGAAGACAGAAUAUUGAAUCCAUAGCAAUUUAAUGAAGUGUCCUCACAAAGUUCUGAACUGCACUUCGGUCUAGUUUCUAACAGCUACAAUGGCCAACACGCCUUCAAUUACCGAAGACUUCUCCUCAAAACAUUCGCCUAUGAAACAUUCUGUAGAAGAGGCCUCCCCUAAACUUCCACCGCCUACAAAACGCCGUACCAUGGAAGAAGCAAAAGUUAAACAUUUACCAGAAUUUUGCGUUAAAAAUGAAAUUCUUCCGUCAACCAUGCAGAAGGCUGUUGCAGAGCUCCUGGGCACAUACUUUCUUAUCUUUAUAGGUUGUGGGUCAGCUCUUAUAAACGAUUUUGAACCACUAACUAUUGUGGGCAUAGCAAUUGUAUGGGGCAUGGUUCUGAUGGCAGCAAUUUAUGCUGUUGGCCAUAUCUCCGGUGCCCAUUUCAACCCUGCUGUCACUCUUGCCUUGGCUGCUGGUCAGAAAUUUUCAUGGAAACUUGUAAGGAAUGUCUAA